UUGUUGUUUGUGUAUCUCUGCACUUGUACUGCGAAUUUGAAUAUUAUCAUAAAGUGUUAUCUGUUCUCGAUAUAUUUAUUAGAUAAAUCAAGUCAAGAGGGUGGUUGAAUAACGUAGUGCAUAAUUUCGUGAAAAAACUCCAACUACUAUGUGGCUGAACGGUUUGCUAGUUUGCUUGCAAUUUUUCUGGUUGUCUGGGGCCGUUCCUGGUCCUGAAGACGAAUCUUGUCAGACGUAUGCCGGAGGUAAUGUUUACCCACAUACGGCGAACCCGGCUGAACACAAGCUGCAGUUCACGAAGGCAGUCAUAUCAAAACCAGCCCCAUUCUGGGAGAGUACUGCUGUUUUUGAUGGGAAAUUCAUCCAGCUCAAGUCAACUGAUUACCUUGGAAAAUAUUUAGUUUUCUUCUUUUACCCUCUGGAUUUUACUUUUGUCUGCCCGACAGAAAUCCUAGCUUUCAGUGAUAGGAUUGAAGAAUUCCAGAGGAUCAACACUGAAGUGGUGGCUUGCUCUGUGGAUUCCCACUUCACCCACUUGGCGUGGAUUAAUACUCCUAGGAAGGAGGGUGGCUUGGGAAAAGUCAACUUCCCAUUGCUGUCCGACUUGAAUCACAGCAUAUCCAGGGACUAUGGGGUGUUUUUGGAUGACCUAGGACAUACUCUGAGGGGGCUGUUCAUAAUCGACCCCAAAGGCAUCGUCCGGCAGAUCACCAUGAACGAUCUACCGGUCGGCAGGAGCGUGGAUGAGACGCUCCGAUUGGUGCAGGCGUUCCACUACACGGACAAGCACGGGGAAGUGUGUCCGGCCGGAUGGAAACCCGGACAAGAUACGAUAAUUCCCAAUCCAGAAGAGAAGAAGAAAUAUUUCCAGAACCAUUGAUAUUCAGGGGAUGGUAUCAAAGUUGACACUUCAUUAGUGUCAAGACAGUCCAAGCUCUCCAAGACAAAAUAUUUAUUUUUUUACUCACAUACGUUACAUCACAUUUGAUUUUUGAGACUGGGAAACCAUUGUUCAGUUGUGGUGGUGAAUUUAAAAAGUGGAAUUGCUAUGAAGUGCUUUGGAUUUAUCGUGGAAACUUCAAAUUAGUAAUGUUGAUAUAGUUGAGUGACUCUAAAUAAAGUGACCCAAUAUAUCAGUGGUAGGUACUGAAAUAUAAUUCCAUGAUUUUAUAUUUGCUAUCUAUUUUGAACAUAGUUUUUUAAUCCUGUUUAAUCACAGCUGUUCAUCAAAAUAAAUUUAAAAUAUUUGUUUUCUGUAUAAAUAUUUUCAUGUG